GUUCCGCGGCGGGGCGGGGCCCGGCGGGGCGGAGCGGCCGCGGCCCCCGCUCUGCUCCCGCGGCGCCGCCGAGCCAUGGAGGGCUUCGUGGACUUCACCAACCGCUGCCAGGGCCGCGACCAGCUCUUCCGCGACAGGACGAGGAGCAGUGGCCGUAAACUAAAACACAGCGAGUUUCACCUCAGCGUGAGGAGGAGCUUCUGUGCAUUGCGGGUGGCAGAGCCCUGGAGCAGCUGCCCAGGGAGGUCCUGGAUUCUCCCUCUCUGGAGACAUUCCAAACCCACCUGGACACGUUCCCGUGUCACCCGCUCCAGAGCCACUCAGUACACAUGCAUGUUGCUUAGCUAUUUAAUAGAGAAUAAAGCCGAUAAAAAGAAGCUGGUAAUGAAACUCAAGCAGCUGGAAUCUAGCAUGAGCUCUGGCCGGAAAAUGUUCAGACUGGGCAACAUGGUGCACGCCUUGGUGGCAGCCAGGAGAGCUGCAGAGCUGCCAGAGGUGGUUCCUCGCCUGUGCCUCACAGCCUCCCACCUGAGCCGGGCCCUGUACUUCGUGUGCGACGCCGUGCUGUGGCUCAGGAGCGUCGGGCUGCAGCCGCACGUCGACAAACCCAAGUGGCACACCUGGGCUACCAAGUGCUACUACUGCUCCCUCCUGAUGAAUCUGGCCAGGGACUGGUAUGAGAUCUCCUGGAGGCUGGAACAAGCUGCACUGGAAGAAAAGACAAAGGAGAAUUCUGUCUGGCAGAAACACAGCGAGGAACUAAACGGUGUGAAAAGCGAUGGUUUACAGAGUUUUCUCUGCCAGCUCUUUCAGAUACUGAAAAGGAAUCCUCCUUUGCUGCUGGACUUGGUGAAGAACCUCUGUGAUCUCUCAGGCCCUUUAGAUACACUGGGAAUCUACAAGACCAACCCAGGAGUGAUUGGUUUCUGCGGUGUCCUCUCCUCCCUGGUGGGGAUCCUCACAUUAGCAAGCCCACAUCUGAAGAUGAAACAGUGAUAUAAAAGGAGCUGCAUAGUAUAAGGCUGCAGCUUUGAUCCUCUGGCAGAUUUUUAUCUUCAUAUAGCACUUUCGAAUGAACAUGUCUUAAAAUAAUCUCAA